UAACGAUCCAGGUGUGACGGCGCGGUCACGUGUCCAGGUGUGUCGGAACCGACAUGGGUCUCGUGUACUCCGAGCCGACCUGCCAGGCGGCGUACGACGGAGACGUCCAGCGGUUGUACCAGCUGCUGAAAGAGGACCCGUCUCAGAUCGAUGUCCAGGAGGAGCAUAACGGAGACACGCCUCUCAUCGCUGCCUGUCGCCGUGGCAACCUGAGGACGGUCAAAUACCUGCUGGAGAACAAGGCCGACAUCCACCGAGCCAAUAAGAAAAACAGGACGUGUGUCCACUAUGUCGCCCGGAAGACUUUCUCUGUGCUCGACUACCUGAUGAUCGCGAUCCUGAUGCCCGUCCUGCUGCUGGGAUACUUCAUCAUGCUGCAGAAGCAGCGCGAGAACGCGGCCCUGAUGGAGGUUCUGCUCAACGCCAGCGCAAACGUCAACGCCGUGGAUAAGCAAGGAAACACGCCGCUUCACUACGCCUGCCAGAGAAAGAAGCACCGUCUGGUUCCUGUUUUGCUGAGAUUUAAAGCCAAAACCAGCCUCAAAAACAAAGACGGAGAAACUCCGAUGGCCAUCGCCAAAAGACUGCGGUUCAACAAGAUCAUCGCCAUGCUGAGGAAGAGAUACUGAGAGACGGGGAGGGGACAGAUGGGGGCCGUUAUAGAUUAGACCAGGGAUGGAUGGGAUGACGGAAGGGGAGGGGACAUUACAGAGGACAGACAGGGACAGGAGGCAAUAAAGAGACGG